GCGGACUGCAGCAGAGACCCGCAGACACCGGGGAGGGCAGCAGGGAGCGGAAGUGGCCCGUCUCACGAGCGUCUCACCCGGAUGAACCGUCACGGACCCCGCCGCGGACCCGGCUCGGUGCUGGGCACCCGCACCCGCAGCUAACAGCCUCAUAACCUCCUCCAACGUGCUCUUAUUUUGAAGGAUUUCCUCGUCUUUUCUCGCCAUGGUUCUGGGCAAAGUGAAGGUCUUGGCGAUCUGCUUUGACAGCCUGAACGAGCACAGCCUGCCGGCGUUCUCCGGGGGGGACCUGGUCACCGGGAGGGUGGUGGUGGAGGUCACCGGGGACGUGCGGGUCAGGAGCCUGGACAUAACCGCGAGAGGAGUCGCCAAAGUCCGCUGGACGGAGUCGAGGAACGCCGGCGCCAACACGGCUUACACGCAGAACUACACCGAGGAGGUGGAGUACCUGCACCACUACGACACCCUGAUAGGAGACGAGAGAGGUAAGGAAGCUCCCGGGACAAGCCCCUGCCCACACCAGUACAGCCAUGUGGUGUCCUACAGUAACAGGGCUCUGGCCACGUCCUUCGAGGGGAAGCACGGCAGCGUGCGGUACUGGGUGAAGGCGGAGCUGCACCGCCCGUGGCUGCUGCCGGUCAAAGUGAAGAAGGAGUUCAUCGUGUUCGAACACAUCGACAUCAACACGGCGCUGCUGCUGGCUCCUCAGGCUGGUUCCAAGGAGAAGACGCUGUGCUGCUGGUUCUGUGCUUCAGGCCCGAUCUCCCUCAGCGCCAAGAUCGAGCGGAAGGGCUACACACCAGGCGAGUCGAUCCAGAUCUUCGCCGAGGUGGAGAACUGCUCGUCCCGGGUGGUGGUGCCCAAGGCCGCCCUGUACCAGACCCAGACCUUCUUCGCCAAGGGCAAGGGCAAGCAGAUCCAGCAGCUGGUGUCCAAUCUGAGAGCGGACGCGCUGCCGCAGGGGAAGAGCCAGAGCUGGGAGGGCAAAGUGCUCAAGAUCCCCCCGGUGUCGCCCUCCAUCCUGGACUGCCCCAUCAUCCGGGUGGAGUACGCCCUCGUGGUGUACGUGGACGUCCCCGGCGGGUUGGAUUUGUCCCUCUCGUUGCCGCUGGUGAUCGGGACCAUACCCCUGCACGCCUGCACCCCCCGCACCUCCAGCAUCAGCAGCAACUGCAGCACCUUGAGCUGGCUGGGCCUGUCGGAGAGACCCGAGGCACCGCCGAGCUACAGCGAUCUGGAGAUAUCCGAGUCCCACAGGCGGGACUGUCUGCACAGCUGUGGUCGGUCUGAGGGAGACGGAGACGGAUCUCUGCUAACUUACAUAACAGAGUUCAGAUACCUGCCCCCGCCACUCUACUCUGAGGUGGAUCCUUACCCCGACCCCGUGGAGGUGUACGGGGACGGGGACGGGGACCGGGACGUCAGGAGACCCGACACGUGUCCGUCCCGCUGAUGUGAGCUCAGACUUUGGACUUCUGCACAAAACAAGUCCAGCUUGCUCAGCCAGCUUCUCACCAGAUUAUAUAUCACGAUGAAUUAGGCCUCCCUGACCCGGGACCGUCAGCCGACCCGGGACCGUCAGCCGACCCGGGACCGUCAGCCGACCCGGGACCGUCAGCCGACCCGGGACCAUCAGCUGACCCCGUAUCGGGUCACCGUUGACAUAUGGACCGUGGAUUUCGAGCCGCGCUGGAUCAUCCGUACCCUCUGCUCAAGACGAGGCAGAACAAGUUGUCUCUGACACCCCUGUAGGACUCUGACAUCCCUGUAGGACUCUGACACCCCCGUAGGACUCUGACACCCCCGUAGGACUCUGACGGGGCGAUGAACUGAUCUUGCCCCCCCUGCGGUCCGAGGACGCCUCCUCCUGCCUCCCGGUGAAUUUUGCACAUACCGUACUUACUGUUUUUCUAUCGGUGGUUUUAUAUAACGCAGAUCGACCAAGACCUGAACGCCCCACUAGAUUCUGUCCACAGAUGU